AUGAACCAGGUGGAUAAUACAAUAGCAACUAACGGGCAUCACGAUUCUGUAUUGGCGAGGAAUGCCAUUCAUGAAAAUGGAUACGGAUCUCCACAUGACAAACAGGGCAGUGCAAUCAACAGAGAUAUGAGGCAUUGUCAGUAUGAGCACAACAUUCAUCGAGUGAGACCAAAGAACUUUGAAAGUCCAUGGCUGUGGAUUCUCCUCCCAAAAGGUAAAGGAGGCAGGAUUGAGAGUGAUGCGAGUCAUUGUGAUACUUGGAAAACAAAAGACCUGAGCCCUGUGGGAGACUGCAACAUAACUGGGAACUCACGCUCAGACGUCCCCAAAAUAGUUCCUCUCAAGCCACAGAGAUCAAAGAAGUCUUUGAAUAAGGAGAACACAGGGGAUAUGAACCCUCAAACUCAAAGUGGGUCUGAUAGAGGCAUCUGUGGUGUGACUGGGGAUCUACAGAUGACAAAAUCCAAAGACGGAUCCUUUGAGGAAGGGAGGAGAGUGGAUAGCAAUGCUGUACUGCAGUCUGCCACAGAUGUUGUCAAGGAAAACACAUGGGCCACCAAAUACCACAAGAAUCUCUUCCCUAGUUCCAAAUUUCCAACAGCUCCCCCUCGAACUCUCCCGCUGAAAACACAGUGGUCCCGAGACAGACAGAGCAACGUGGACAGCAGCCACAUCCACCACAGGACGCCCAGCCAAGAAACAGCCAAGCGGAAGCAAGUGGACACACCUCCCACACCGGCUAUUCAUGAGGAACCUUUCAACGAAGCUUCAAGGGAACCAUGGGAAAGACGUCUAGGCUCCGUCUCCGAGGACGACCAGGACCAUGAGAUCCUGUACCUGAAGGAGACCCACCUGGGCAUCGAGCGCAAAUGUUCCAGCAUCACGGUCAGCUCUACAUCCAGCUUGGAGGCCGAAGUAGAUUUCACCGUCCUCACGGACCUGCAUACGGGCAUGGAGGAGUUUUCCAGGGGCAUGACAGAGCUGGGGGAGAGGGAUGUGUCACCUGAUGUAGGUCUAUGCUUUGGCAUGGACUUCCUCCAGCAGCAGUGUCCCUCUGAACCCCCUCCUCCGCUGGUGUCCGCCCCUCUGUCCAGAGGAGCCAGCAGCAGCCCUCCUGCCAAACAUAUUCAGGCUGAAGAAGUCCGACCAGAAGUGAAACGGUCAGAUGUGCAGCCUGUAGUGCCCAAAAAACCAAAGAGGUCAGUGCCGGUGUCGUCAUCAGUGGACAGAGAGCAGUCGCACAGAGAAGCCAGUCGCGUCUCUGGCGUCACAGUGAUGAGCAGGGAGGCCAGUGAUGUCAUGCCUACACCGACGGUGAGGAAGACGGACGUCAAGACUGAGACUCAGCCCAAUGGGUCAGAGGUUACGACCACCAUCCUGGAGUUCACAGAUCAGGAUCACGGUAUCACUGGCCUGAGUGAAGUUUCUUACUCUACAAGGCAGAGUGUUUCCCCUGUGCAUAUGAGCAGUCUUGCAAGAGAGGCGUCAGGGUCGCCCAUCCUCGUUACUGAGAAUGUUACCUCGGCAACCACUCACGUCACCAAAACGGUGAAAGGAGGAUAUUCAGAGACCAGGAUCGAGAAGAGGAUCAUAAUCACAGGAGACGAUGAUGUUGAUCAGGAACAGGCUCUGGCUAUUGCAAUACAGGAAGCCAAGCAACAGCAUCCAGACAUGCAGGUGACCAAGGCAGUUGUUGUCAGGGAAACAGAAUCAUCCACUGAGGAUCGACACGGGGCAUCAGAGUCCUGAUUUCCUGAGACAAGAUCGCCCCCCUUUGGACCGAAAGUGUCAGUGCCAGACCUGAAAUUGCCAUCCACCAUCCCUACUGAUAGACUACUGCCAGUGGUGCUCAAAUGGAGCCUCUUGUACACACACACACACACACACACACACACACACACAAAGCUGAAACAAGACUCUUCUGAAAUUCUUUUUAUUUUCAUUCAAACAUUUCACUUUUCAAAUCAUUCUAGUUCAGCAGAGUGAUUUGGCUGGCUA